GUCACUUACCAACACAGGAACUGAGCACCGUGUGUCUCGUGGACAUGUGGUCAGCAACGUUAGGGACGUGAAUGUGGACCGCACCAAUUACUAUUUUAGUGUAGAGGAACCGAUUGGGUCUGAGUAUUUUACGGACAUCAGGUUUUUAGCUCAUUAACGAAGAUGCUGAGUGACGACGAAGCUAAAGAACUGCUGUCUUUCCUCACCCUGGAAACGAGGCCCGAUGUGAAGGGGCAGGCCACCGAAUACAUCCUGGGUGUCACUGGCACCAAAGACGGCUGCAGGUACCUGAGGGGCAAGCCGGACUUCCUUAGGGCACUGCUGACCCUAACACGGGACCCCUCCAUAGCCAUUGUUAAGGACUGCUACCACGCCCUCAUCAACCUCUCAGCUGACGAAACCUUGCACCAGGCGCUGGUGAGAGACGCUAACAUUCUGCCCACUUUGCUCCGCAACCUCCUGGACCCCAACUACGACUUCGCCGACCGCAUCUGCACCAUUCUGUCCAACCUGUCACGCCACGAGAAGACCUGCAAGGAGGUGUUCAGGGUGAUCCAGGAGGAGGACAUCGGCCUGGCCAAAAUAGUGGAGAUCUUCUGUACAGAGGGGUACAACAAGAGGGCCCCCCUUCACUACCUGGGCCCACUUCUGUCCAACCUCACCCAGCUGCCGGAGACCAGGCAAUUCAUCCUGGAUAAGGAAAGGUGUGUGGUGCAGCGACUCCUGCCUUUCACUCAGUACGAGGGCUCAACAGUGAGACGUGGUGGAGUGGUGGGCACCUUGAGGAACUGCUGCUUUGACUACACUCACCAUGAAUGGUUGUUAAGUGAUGCUGUGGACAUCCUGCCCUUCCUGCUGCUGCCCCUUGCUGGACCAGAGGAGCUAACAGAGGAGGAGAAUGAAGGCCUGCCUGUGGAUCUGCAGUACCUCCCUGAGGAUAAGAAGAGGGAGGAAGACCCUGACAUUCGCAAAAUGCUCAUUGAGACUCUGCACCUGCUAACAGCUACGAAGGUGGGCCGUCAGAUUUUGAAGGACAAGAACGUGUAUCCCAUCAUGAGAGAGCUCCACAAGUGGGAGAAGGAGCCGCACGUCGUGGCCGCCUGCGAGAAGCUGGUGCAGGUCUUGAUCGGGGACGAGCCGGAGACAGGAAUGGAGAACCUGAUGGAGGUGGAGAUACCCAAGGAUGUGGAGGUGAAGCUGAAAGACAUGGAUGCCAAGGAGCAGGAGCAGCUGGAGAAAGAGCAGGAGGAACUGUUGAAGUCUGUGUCAGAAAAGACAGAGAGCAAGCAGCCAGACGGGCUGUGUAGAUGAAAGGCUAACAGCCUCACCACUACAUCAACAUGCUGCCGCCAGAGCAUCUUGAAAAACUGACCCCUUGUGUACAUACAGUUUGGAAUCUGCAGUGUCUUGUUCAUACUGAUGCCCUUAUUGAGGAGUUGUGUUCCAGGACACAGUGUUUAUUUUAAUGAAACACACAGUCAGAAAUGACAGUCCAGUAAUUUUUUAGGGUAAAUUGUAUCUGCGACCAGAUCGUCACAGAAGAGCUAUGUGACUGACACGUGCAGAUGUUUGUGGGUCUCAGCGGGUCCUCUGUCAAAAAUUUGAUUUCUGGAAGUUAUUGCAUUUGUAGAUACAACUGAUAUCCACAGUAAAUCAAACUUUACUGUGGUGGAGUCCUCAGAUUUAAACAGCUUCUACAUUUCUUCAGCCAGCCUGGAGUACCAUAAGAUAUGAGGUGGGCCAAGGGCAUGAAAACACCCUGGUCAGUGUCAUGAGGUCAGUCUAG